AUGGCCGCCGCCGCCACCUUGAUUCCGCCCACCCUUCUCGAGUGCGACGGCUACGACGGCGCUGUCCUCAUCGACCUGCGGUGCUACAUCGCCGACCGUCCCAACGCCACCACCGCCAGGGGCGCCACGAGCACCGGCCUGCCGAUCCAGCCCAGGGUCGUCGCCACCGAAGCCGACCUCGUGCUCCUUCGCGUCCACAACAACAUCAGCGCCCUGUACCGUUCCUGCGACUCCGAGGGGUGGAUCACCGUGCCCAUGUCAAUGUCAGUGGACGAGCUCGUCCCGCUACCCGUCGAAGUGUCGGAAGAAGACAGGCCGUACCACGAGACGGCCAAGACGAUCACGAUGGGCGGCGAGCGCGGCACGGUCGCCUGGGUAGACCUCUGGCGUGGCAUCCUCGUCUACGACGUGCUCGUGGAGCCGCCAGUGAUAGUGCACGACAUCCCGCUGCCGGUGCCGGCGAGGGGAAACUGGGACUGUCUCCUCAACUUAGCCGAGCCCAACUAUAUCCGGGACGUCUCCAUCAGUCGGCACAAGGAUACCAUCAAGUACAUCGAGAUGGAGAUCUGGUCACCGACGAAGGUGUACAGCAAGGCCCCUGAUUCCUAUCUGGAAUGGGUGCGGUGGAAGCGGAGCGUCACCAAGGUCAUCCCUGGUGGCUGGAAGGCCAAAACAUGGAGCAUGGCGAUAUCACCGGCGACGGAUGGUGAUGGUUCAUUUGCAGAGUGGCAGCCUGACUGUCAACUUUCAGUCAAAGAUGUCACCAUGGACGCGGGCAGUGUCCCAGGUCAUUGCGACCUGCUGUCUAAGCUGAGCAGCAGCGGCAGCCACACCACGCCAACGUUGCAAAAACUUCAGAUGGCGUUCCCCACCAUAAGCAUAGACGACGACGAUAUUGUCUACUUGGCUUCUAGCACCAAACAUGGGAUCAUGGAAAAGAUGGAGUUCAUGAUUGCUAUCGAUGUGAGGAACAAAACCCUGCGAGGAGUAGCCCAACUUGAUGUAAAGAAGCGCUUCGUUUUCUUUCCCAACUUCUACACCAGUGAGAUCUGCAGAUAUCUGAGCAAGAAUGCAGGUAAUUAA